AUGGCGUCGGGAGGCGGCGACGGCGAGGGCGCCGCGGCCGAGGCCGACCGUCCCCACCAGCGGCCCUUCCUGAUCGGGGUCAGCGGCGGCACCGCCAGCGGGAAGUCCACCGUGUGCGAGAAGAUCAUGGAGCUGCUGGGACAGAACGAAGUCGACCACAGGCAGCGGAAGUUGGUCAUUCUGAGCCAAGACCGGUUCUAUAAGGUCCUGACCACGGAACAGAAGGCCAAGGCCUUGAAGGGACAGUACAAUUUCGACCACCCAGAUGCUUUUGAUAAUGACCUGAUGCACAGGACUCUGGAAAACAUCGUGGAGGGCAAAACUGUCGAGGUGCCGACCUAUGACUUCGUGACGCACUCCAGGUUACCAGAGACCACGGUGGUCUACCCGGCGGACGUGGUUCUGUUUGAGGGCAUCUUGGUGUUCUACAGCCAGGAGAUCCGGGACAUGUUCCACCUGCGCCUCUUCGUGGACACCGACUCCGACGUCAGGCUGUCACGAAGAGUGCUCCGGGACGUGCAGCGUGGGCGGGACCUGGAGCAGAUCCUGACGCAGUACACCACCUUCGUGAAGCCGGCCUUCGAGGAGUUCUGCCUGCCGACCAAGAAGUAUGCUGACGUGAUCAUCCCGCGCGGGGUUGACAACAUGGUCGCCAUCAACCUGAUCGUGCAGCACAUCCAGGAUAUUCUCAACGGCGACCUCUGCAAGUGGCAUCGAGCGGGCACCAACGGGCGGAGCUGCAAGAGGACAUUUCCAGAGCCAGGAGACCAUCCCGGGGUGCUGGCCACAGGCAAACGAUCGCACUUGGAGUCGAGCAGCCGACCCCACUGAGAAGGGGGUGCUACCCCCAAGGGCCCCCGGCAGACACGCUUUUCGGGCCUGGGGCGGGAAGUGCCUGCCCACCAACACAACCGCACCUCUCAGCGUCCAGGCAGGGACCCAGGCCCCCCCCCAGCCAGGGCGACCCGUAGGCCGCAUCAGUCCGUAGGACACCUGCAGCCCCACGUCAGGCGGGUGGAGUCUCUAGGUCACGGGUCGCCGAAUGCGAGAGGAGUGCGGGCCCGGUGGGGGCGCGGAGGGACCAGCCCGGUCUGGGCGCUGCACAGUGUUUGACGGUGAGCCCACAGCAGGUGCUUUUUCCAGAACCUGGCUCACGUCUAACUGAACCUUUGGAGGAGGUGUUACUUUGCUUUUUUACACGUUGUACAUCCCAAUGUUUUCACUUGUUCUCUGAUGCGCCGCGCUCCUUGUGACGCGGUCCAGUUUUGUGACCCACUGGCUGGUCGUGUCCGUCCACAGACGCGCUGAUCUCAGCAGCUGCAGAGCUCCUUCGGCCGGGGUGGGGGUGGGGGUCUCCUGGUCUAGGCCCCCGGGGCUGCCCCGUGCAGAUGUACCCUCUGGCCAGUGUGUGCGCCGCUGCCCAGAGCCAGCUGUGCAGCCCCAGGUGCCGUGCUGCCCGCGCUCCCCGCCCGGCCCCACGGCCGCACACUCAAGCCGUUACUAGCAGCUGGCGGCACAGGGCUCGUGGCUGGUUCUGAGGCCCACUGGCAGUUUUGUAAAACUUAACGUGCCCUUUGGGGAAGAAAAUAAACAACAGCAAAAACAAAUGUCAAAUUGUCCCUGUUUUA